UAUUCUGAAUAAGUUAUAAAUUCAGAAUUUUAUUUUUUUAAUUUUCCGAGGCCGUUCAUCUUCCCCGUCCGUUGUAAUCCGUACAAAAAUUGUAACAAUCUUAAGGUAGUAGUCAUAUCCGUGCGCAAUGGCGGGUAUGGACGGAUUCGGUUUUGACGCUCACAUCGGAAACGGGAGUAGUUCCGAGACUCCAGUUGUGAUCGUUUUGGCUGGAUUGGGUGGCUCUGUAGGGAAGACCACUCCGAUCAACAUUCCUUUCGGAUCGAGUGCGGCCAUGGGGUCCACUCCGAUCACCACCUUCGUUGGAUCGAGCGCGACUAUGGGGUCCGCUCCGGUCACCUCGGUUAUUGGACCAACCGCGGCUACGGCCGCAAUGGUCACCCCACUCGGACCGAAUAUGGCUUCGGCCAUACCGGUCAUUCCUUCACUUGGACCGAACACAGGUGUUUUCACAUCCGCACCGGUCGGACAUCCUACUGUUAUGCUGCCUGCGAACUCUGUCAAAGAACCGGCAAAGUUCAUAGGUGUUGGUUUUAAAAUAUGGCAGCAAAGGAUGUUAUUUUGGCUGACCACCCUCAACCUUGCGAGGUACUUGAGGGAGGAUCCCCCUGUUGUGGGGGAGAACGCGGACGAGCCAACAGUUCAGGCCAAUGUGGUGGAGCAUCCACUCAAAGAGGGUUCUUCCAAAGGGCCUACGCCAAACAAGGACAAGAAGAAAAUUGGUCCUAAAGGAGGCUAUUUUAUCUAGCAAUUAUUUGUUAAAUAAAAUACCCUGAAAAAA